UUCUUUCUCGCCCUUUCCUCCGCCUUUACUGAGCUGCUUCCCGAAGCCCCAUCCAAACUUCGAAGGCGCGGCUUUUUUCUUCCUUACAGCGACGGAACUUCUGGUGCUCACAAGUGCUUUUUUUUCUCCUCCGCUCCCCCCGCGGGCAUUGGGCAGGGCUCCGUGACGUCACGGGAGGAUGGGAAGAGGCCGGCGUGCCAAGGAAGCCGGAAGCUAGGAAAACUUCAGGUCGCGCGGCGAGGUCGCUUAGGGGAGAACAGCAGAGCGCGCCUUGGAUGCAAGGCGGGGGCAGGAGGGAGAGAAAAGGGAGGCGGAGCCUGCAGAGAUUCCAACCAAUCCUCGUUGGCCAAGGAGGAGCACGUUGGGUUUGGGAGCUGCUCCUCCCCCCCGCCCAACAAGAAUUCCUUUUUUUGCACCUUGAUAGCCGGGAAGUUAGAACGCGAGGAGAAGUCACUGGAUGCGCAUCGGUUGCAAACGGGCGGAGGAGACCUAGGUACCCGGGUGGAGGCGAAGCAAGUUGCAGGAAGGGAAGAACCUCGCUGCCGCCUGGCGCUUGGUUACAGGUGUCAGGUGGAGUCAGGAGGGAAAUCGCUGCGCGCCUCUCCCCUUUCGUUUCCUCCUGUCCCUUGGGUUUGCAAAAGGCUCUUUGCUGUCGCCUUGCCCCUUUGCCUUCGCAGCUCGUUUGCAAAAGUCCUCUUUGGGUUACUGGCUUUAAUGAGAACUUCCCCUGGAGUUCCCUGCCCUUUGCAUGCUGCGAGAGAGGUUCCCCGCGCCUCUUUUUUCCCUGCCCUCCGGUCUUUGCGAGGGCGGGAGGGGCCAUUGCUGCUGCUGCUGCUGCCACCAUGAAACGUGGGAGGAAGAAAGUUAGAGGCCCGGAGGUGGAGGAUACCCUCUGCUGCUGCGAGUAUCUGGAUCGGAAGGGCCAGAGGAGCCACCUGGCGGCGUGUUUCUGCGAGUGCGAGGACCUCGACGAGGGCUGUGAAAGGUGGCUGACUUGCAGAUCUUUGCCCCCGGGAACUCUAGAGAGAAUUGCAGACACCGUCACAGACCGCUUUCGCCUCCCGUGGCUUAGGGGGGCUGUAAAGGUCGAUAUCAGCCUCCUCCCGCCAAUCAUCCUGUUGCCUGUCUUCCUUCACAUAGCAGCUUUGCACCUCCUCUUGGCUCUUGUCAUCCUGAUAUCACUUCCUGUACUGGUGCUGUGGUAUUACUACCUCACACACAGGAAGAAGGGCCAGACUCUCUUCUUCUUGAGUCUAGGGCUGUUCUCCUUAGGCUACAUGUACUACGUGUUCCUCCAAGAGGUGGUACCCCGGGGCCACGUGAGCACCAGCCAGGUGAUCCUUCUCACCUGCGGCUUAAUCCUCAUGCUGGUGGCCCUGUCUCAAGCCAAGAGAGACCCUGGCUACCUUCCCUGCCAAACGAGCAGUGACAAAUCUCUUUGCCAAGGUGGCAACAUCAACAAUAACAACAUCUCAAACAGGAAUGACCUGGAGAGCUCCAAGGGGCUUUACACAGCAGCUGUGCCUGACAUUGCAAUGAACAGUUACACUGAGGGCUAUGCCAGUGUGUUGGAAGCAGGGACAGGUGGGAUCACGGAGGACUGGUGCACCAAGUGUCACUUGGUUAGGCCAGCCCGAGCUGGGCACUGCCGGAUAUGUGGCAGGUGUGUGAAGAGACUGGAUCAUCACUGUGUCUGGAUUAACAGCUGUGUUGGGGAACAGAACCACCAAGCCUUUAUCCUUGCACUCUCCCUUUUUCUGCUCACGUCAGUGUAUGGGAUUUCUCUGACUCUGGACACCAUCUGUAGGGGGAAGGCUACCAUCAAGGCACUCUUCUACUGUCCUGGUGUGUAUGGAGACUACAGUUCUGCCCUUUCGUUCACCUGUGUGUGGUACUGUACCAUUGUAACUUCCGGCAUGGGCUACAUCCUUCUCAUCCAGCUUUUGAACAUCAGCUACAACGUGACGGAGAGGGAAGCUCGAAUUGCUUUGAAGGAGAACACUGGGCGGAGGCUGUUAUGGGGCAUGGUGGUUGACACAGGCCAGUACCAUCGGGGCAUUCUGCACAAUUGGAUCCAGUUCUUGACCUUGCGCUCAGCCGAUCUGCAGUGCUCCACUGAAGACAUUGUAUGAAAGCAGCUUCCUAUCAAUCACAUUUAGUUAACUGAUCAUCCACACCUGAAGUCAUUAAGGGGACAGGUAGUUCUCAUCUCUUAAGCCAUAUUUUAAGAGCAACGUUUUCUCAGAAACACGCGAUAUUCCAAAUGCUGGGCAUGAAUGACCUGGUUAUGGGGGUGCCUAUGUAUGUUAGCCUCUUAAGUGCUCACCUGCUUAGCCACAGCCGGCUACCAGUUUUGGAUUAGCGUCUCAGUCUACAGUUCUAUGCGCUUGUGCCAAUGGACUGUGUACAUAGCUGUUUACAAGGAUUAUACACAUUAACUGUCAGGAACAUUCCUGACAUUAACCUGGCAAAGAGGUCGCUGCUGUUGGGUUACGGUGCUGAAGAGGUAGUGUAUUUUUUCAUUCUAGAGGUUUGGGAAACUUCGUGUGCUUGUGCGGACUAAUCUUAAUGUACCACAAGGAAGUUCAUCUAGCCAUGAGCUUUAAUUUUGUGCUUGUCAAUGGUGAUGUUGGCCAUGGGUGGCAUCAAAAAGGGGGCUGCUCUGCACUUCCACCCCCAUGCAGAAAAAGAGCAAAAUAGCAACAACCUCCCAAAACCAACAAAUGAUGUUACUUUUCCACACAUACACACCCCAACUCUUUGCUUCAGUGGUUCUACUGAGUGCCUUUGUGAGACGUUUUCUUUGGAGCUGUGAUUUGUGAGA